UCUGCAGAAGGAACAAAGAGACUGUAUCGUACAUCUGAGGAACAAGAGAGAACGAUCAAAAACAUUAGACUGUCUUGGAAUUACAUAAACUUUACACAACUUUCCUGCUGAAAAAUGUUCUCAAGAUUUGUUUUGUUCCUGCUUUUGUGUUUGAGCCAAAUCCCAGCCAGACUGGCAGAUGAGGAGAUGGAAGAUUUAGUUAUUGAAGUAAAUUUUGAUACAGAAAACCAUGUUUCAUUUGAAGAACAGGAUACUGACCUGGGCAAGAAUUCCCAGGGAAGCUUAGAGGUAACCACUGUGACUCAGGAAAGGGAAGUCCAAACCCCAAAGACGAUGGCUGACCCACACAUUAAACUUACUAUUGUUUCUGUUCCACAAAUUGGAGAGGAAAAACAAGACAAGAAAGUAGAACACAAUGUGAAAGCAGGCGGAGAGGACAAUGAGAAAGCAGAUGAAGAAGACAAGGAGAAAGCAGAUGAAGAAGACAAAGAGAAAUCAGAUGAAGAAGACAAGGAGAAAGUAGAUGAAGAAGACAAGGAGAAAGCAGAUGAAGAACACAAUGAGAAAGCAGAUGAAGAAGAUAAUGAGAAAGCAGAUGAAGAAGAAGACAAUGAAAAGACAGAUGAAGAAGACAAUGAAAAAGCAAAUGAAUUUGGCACUGAGAUAUCGAAGAAUGACAAUAACAACAAACUCAGAGAUACAGCCACGACAGCACAGCCAACCACAACUCCACCGUAUGAUGACAAUUUUUCAUACCUUUUGUCUAGGUUAAGUGCUAUAGAAUCUGCAAUCCAUCGCCUCAACGUUCAGUUUUAUGGAAUGGACAUCAAAAUGACCCAGAUGUCUCAAACCCUUUCCAAGAUGCGCACUAAACUCAGUGAUGCAGAAGACUCCAUAGCUACAGUCUCUGAAAUGAAUCUAAGGAACCAAAAACAGAUUGGACAGAUUGAAGGAUGUUUAAAGGGAAAACGGCUCUUUAGAAAGUGCUAUCUAAUUUUCCAACAUUUUGAAAAUUAUGCCACAGCACAACACCUUUGCCACAGCCGUGGUGGUAAUCUGGCUAUGCCAAUAGAUCAGCAGGAGUAUGCUGCUGUAGCACAAUACAUUCAUGACGCAUUUUUCCCUUUCAAUUGGCCAGUCUGGAUUGGAAUUAAUGAUCUACGUUCUGAUGGGCUCUACCUAUAUGAAAAUGGACACCGUGUUUCUUUCUUCAACUGGUACAAAGACCAUUUGGUUACACAGCCAAAUGGUGGAACAGUAGAAAACUGUGUUUCAGUCUCAUCUGAUGAUGGAAAAUGGUGGGAUAAUGACUGUUCCAGGAGAAUGUAUUUUAUUUGCGAGUUCUAAAAUGAUGCUACAAGUUGGAUGGUAUUUCAUAGUUUAAAGGGGCAUAAUAGUAGAUUAAAAUACUGUAAAUAAAUGAAGUCCACUAUUCCAUGAA